AUGAAUAAAGGGUUCUCGUCGAGGAACACGAAGGAACUCAUAGAGAAGGAGUUCAAGAUGAGUAACACCACGCGGACCGACUGGAGAAAUUAUGUAACAGCAGUGGCUCUCGCAGAUCUUCUCGAACAGCCGCCGAUGGGAGGAGUAGGACAGGUGGUCCAAAUAGACGAGUCCCUGAUGAGGGGACGACGCAAGGCGAACCGAGGCCGCCUUCUGACUGGCGACAAUGUUCCCCCCAGGCGCCGCAACAACUACGGUGGUGUGUCAGACAAGGGCCCGUGGAUUUUCGGCAUGCUGUGCGUGUCCACGAAGGAGCUAAGGCUGUUCGCGGUCGACAAAAGAGACGCGGCCACCCUUGGUCGUCUGAUCGCAAAGAACGUUCUUCCCGGCACGACGGUGUUCAGUGACGAGUGGGCCGCAUACCGGUGCAUACCCGGCCUUGUGAAUGCCAAUGGGACGCCACAAAACCUCGACUGGCACACCGUGAACCACAGCGUCAACUUCAUCGACCCUGCAACAGGCGCCAACACGCAACGCAUCGAAAGCGAGUGGCAGAAAGCAAAACGACGACUCGUUCGCAACGGCAACAAAACGACUCCCGCUCUGAUGCCUUCUCACCUCGCCUGGCUGUGGCGGAGGUCCAUAAACGCACGUCCCAACGUGAAGGACAAGUUCCUUCGGCUCAUCGAGGCCAUCGCACGCCGGUAUCCCCUUUGAAGACGAU